CCUCAGUUAACGUGUGUAUCUUUUCUUUUACAGCUGAAAUUGUCCUGUAUUAAGGCUUUAACUAGAAUAUUUAAAAUUACCGACUUGGACAACGAUGGGAUCCUGAACGACAACGAGCUGAACUUCUUUCAGAGAACUUGUUUCAAUACACCUCUGGCACCCCAAGCUUUGGAGGAUGUGAAGAACGUGGUCAGGAGGAACAUGGCGGAUGGAGUCAAAGACAACGGACUGACGCUUAAAGGCUUCCUGUUCCUGCACACACUCUUCAUCCAGCGAGGUCGACACGAGACCACGUGGACCGUACUGAGGCGGUUUGGAUACGACGACGACCUGGAGCUCACGCAGGAAUAUCUGUUCCCCAUGUGAGCAACAACACAAUC